GCACUCGAGGUGGAGGCGGGCGGGCCGGGGGGGGGGAGCUGGCGGGGAUCCCCCCUGCUCUCCGCGCGGAUGCAGCUGAGGAGCCGAUGCUGAGGGGCCGGCGGAGGAUGGAGGGCGCCCUGGAUGCCCAGAGCCUCAUCAGCAUCUCCCUGCGCAAGAUCCACAGCUCGCGCACGCAGCGCGGGGGCAUCAAGCUGCACAAGAACCUGCUGGUGUCCUAUGUGCUCCGCAACGCGCGGCAGCUCUACCUCAGCGAGCGCUACGCCGAGCUGUACCGCCGCCCGCCGCCCCCGCACGCGCCCUACCCGCCGCCCGCCGCCCCGCUCGCCGGCCCGCCCGAGCUCGGCCCGCUGCCGCCCGGCGCGGAGGAGCAGCCGCCCGGCCCCAUGCCGCGGGGCUGCGGGCUGCCGGAGCCGCCCGUGCUGCUGCCGCCGCCCCACGACCCCGCGCCGCUGGAGCUGCCCGGCGCCCCGCCGCAGCCGCCCUCCCCGUGCAGGGACUCGGCCCCCGGCUUCUACCGGAGCGGCGGCUGCGCCUACCCCGCGCUGCCCGGCCACUGCAGCGGCCGCACCACGGUGCUGGACCUGGACACGCAUGUGGUGACCACGGUGGAGAACGGCUACUUGGCCCCGGACUGCUGCUCGCAGUGCCCCUGCUGCUGCCCGCCCGCCCCGGGCACCAAGCGCAAGUACUACCCGGGGCCGGGCGAGGAGGACGACGAGGACGAGGACGAGCCGGCGGCGGGCGGCGGGGCGGCGGCGGGCGUGGGGGUCGCCCCCUGCCCCAAGCGCGCCCGCUUCGAGGAGCUCAGCCCCGAGCCGCCCCCGGACGCCUCCAACAUCUCCAACUUGAUCUCCAUCUUCGGCUCCGGCUUCACGGGGCUGGUGAGCCGGCAGCAAGCGGACUCGGAGCACGGGCAGCUGUGCAGCAAGCAGGCGCUGGCCAGCCUGGGCGCCUGGACUCGAGCCAUCGUGGCUUUCUAGGGGGGGCGGCGGGGCGCGAUGGCCGGGACACGGGCCGGGCAGCGGCCCCUGGAACAAAGGCGGGGGGCGGGCGGGGGGGGCGAGGGGCGCCCCGCUCCUCUUUUCUAGCUGGGACCAUACAGACACCUCGGAGCUCGGGGCUUUAUUUUUGCAGAGAGGAGGAGAAGACGGAAAAAGAAACACAAAAACAAAAAGCGGAGGGAAGGAGCGGCCGCGCGGCCCCGGCUCCGUGCCCUUUGUGUCCGCGCUCCGGGGAGUUGGCGGGGGCGCGGGGAGCCGGGGCGGCCGCCACGUGAGGCGCCUGGUGCUGCCCGGCGGAGCCGCUGGACGGGUCGGCGGGGCCGGGGAGGUGGGAGAGCUGCACCCGUCUCCCCUCCCCUUCCCUCCCUCUCCCGGAGUUGGGGAACGGGAAACUCUGCAGCCGGGGCCGGGAGGCAAGGGGAGCUGCGCUUGCCGCCGGCCGGGCAGGAAGGGAGGCAGCCUGCGAGCAGGCUGCUCCGUCCGGGUGCUGGCCCCUUUCCCCCUGCAGGAGAGCCCGGUCCCGGGGCUCCCCGCGCUCCCCUCCCUGGAGGGAGCGGGCUCCGACCAGGCAGAAGCGACAGCCUUUCCCCUUUGCCCCUUCCCGCCCCGUCCGGAGCAGGGUGGGCGGCGGGGAGGGGGCGCUGCUCGCUGCUCCCUGGGACCCGCAGCGCCCGGCCCCGCGGCGCGGCACGGGGGGACUACAUCUCCCGUCAUGCACAGCGCUGCACCCCCCCUCCCCCCGCUGUGUCCCAUCCCCUAGGUGUGCGCGGCCGCCCCAGGUAAAGCUCCGUCUCGCGUCUCCCUGGGGCGCCGCCGGCCUCUCCCUCCGCCGCCGCGCGGCUGCUUUGCUCUUUUCUUUCCCCUUUUCUCUCCUUUUCUUUCUUUCUUUUUUUUUUUUUUCUUUUCUUUUUCUUUUUAAAAGUUGGGCUGUUCUGGCUCCCGCCCCCGCGCUGCUCCAGCCAGCAUUGUCCGCUCUUGUGCAGAGAUCCGUGUCCUGUGGUGUCUCCUGCCCGCCGGGGCGGGUCGGUCCGUUUGUUUGUUUGGUUCUCUUUUUUUUUUUUUUUUAAUUAUUUUCCUUUUUGAUAUUUGGACUUCAAAAAGAAAGAAAAAACGAAACACACAAAAAAACACAAAAAACAAAACCUUUUGUUGUAAAAAGGUGGUUUUUUUGCAGCCCCCCCUCGCCCCCACGGUAUAAGCACUAUGUGUAUUAAGGACGCGUUUCCCAACGCUGUGUCUUUCUCUCUCUCUCUCUCUCUCUCUCUCUCCCCCCUUUUCUUUGUUUGUAACCCUGUAUUUUUGUGCAUAUGGACUUGUAUAUCACCGGGUAAAACUGUUCAGAUUUGUUUAAAUUUAUAAUCUUAAUAAAAAGUCAAUUAUAAAA